GCCAUGGCCGGCAACGGUUGGGACAAGAGAGCGCUGCCCGUGUACGCGGGGGCGGCGCUGGGGGGCGCGCUCGUCCUGGAGGUGCUCGCGGUGCUGCUGCUGCGGGAGCGCGGAGACGAGGCCCGCGGGCCCGCGCCCUUCCCUUUCUUCGCGCUGGCCUCGCUGCUGUUCCUGCUCGGGAACGCGCUCGAGAACGCGCGCCGCUUCGUCACGGCGUCGCCCAGCACGCGCGGCGUCAUGCUCGCGGGGGCGGGGCAAGGAUGGGAUUACUGCUACUCCUGCCAGUCCCACGUGCCGCCCCGUUGCAGCCACUGCUUCUCCUGCAACAUUUGCGUCCUGCGGCGUGAUCACCAUUGCACGCUGCUUGGCCAGUGCUUGGGCUACCAGAACUACCGCUACUUCCUUUGCCUGCUGCUGUACGGCUCUGUUGCUCUGCUCUAUGGCUGCCUGCUCAACGCGGAUGUGGUCAUGUCGCUGCUGCGUGAGGACACCCCUGCCCAGACGAUCCUGCUGCUAGUCCUGCCUUGGCUUAUGCUACUGAUGGGGCAAGUGAACAUCGCCGCCUUCGUCUACGCCUUUGUGACGGACGUCUGCAUUGUGGGCUUCCUCUUCUCCUCGGGCUUCCUGCUCUUUCACAGCCUGCUGGCGCUGCGUGGACAGACGACCAAAGAAUGGUUUGAGGGCAAUCGCCAGUACGACUUGGGCUGGCGGGACAACCUCCGGGAAGUCCUGGGGGAGCAGUGGUACCUUGCGUGGCUCACGCCUUUCAUUGCUUCCCCUUUGCCGGGGGAUGGAAUCACUUUCCAAACCAGGUCUCCCCAAUUUGAGCUGCUCCUCAAAACCCGGGACCUCUGAAGGUUUCCAUUCUGCACCGUACAAGGGAAGGAAAGUCCCUUCGUGGGGAGAGCGAUCGCUGCCUCUGUUCCAAAGCAGAUGAUUUGGGAGAUGAGUUCUCCGUGUUUUGCUCCUCCAUCAGAGUUUUUUGCUUUCGGGGUGGCGAUGACGUAGACGUCCAUCUGAUUUGGUUGCUUUUUCUACAGUGGCGAUUCUCUUUGGGCCCCCGAAAUGCUUCGCUUCAGCGAUCUGGGAGGAAGGAAGUGGGUAUGGGGGUUUAGUCACCAGUGCUGGGGCUAAACCAUUUUGUCUGGUGGUUGAUGUUGGGACCAACUUUCUUCCUGCUCUGUGUAGCGCUUUUUCCACCAGCUCGCUUUUCUCCACCGCUAUGAGAUGUCUCACGCCCAAGGGAACACACACAAAUGCCGGUCAGGAAUUGCUGUGCGGACUCCAGGCUAAGCCUGGAGUGACACAGGCUUUGACUCUUCCUCACUUUUCCUUGCCCACUGCGGCAUUGGUGAGGCUGGCUUCUUGUGGGCCAGAAAAAGCCGUGUUCGACAAAAAUAAACGGAGAACAGCUGAUACGUUGUGAGAGUUUGGAACUGUCGCAUAACAUGGUGGAGGAAUUGUGGCAAUCUGUCGCUUUAGAAUUCUGCCAGCCGCCUCGCAACACCCAAGAGCUUUCCAUGUGUGGCUUGCAAGUCCUGUCUUGGUGCUCCUGCCAUAUUGCCCGAUGAAUCCUUAUAAAAUGUUAUCUGGCUGCCUGCCCCCACCCCUUCCACACUGCCCGGAAGCAAGGCUUGCACUACUACAGCCCAUAAGAUGAGUGGGUGGAUAGAAGAGAUGCAAAUUCUCGUCUCGUGCCUUGCUCUCUUGGAUAUGUUUCCAGGAUUAUAGUAUUUAUGAAAUUGCCUUGUACAGAUUUGCGCCCUUGGCCCAUGUAGCCAGAGACUGGCUACUCAAUGGUGCUUCCUUGCCCUGCUACAUGGGAUUCGUCAACUGAAGAUAUCAGGGAUUGAAAUGGAGGCCUUAAGCGUAAGCAUGAAAACAGGAGCUCUACUAUUGAGCUCCUGUACCUUUCUGAUGAGGGAAUUCUCCCCCCCCCCCCAGAGGUGGUAUAUCAGGGUAUCCUUUGCAGAAGAAUGCUUUGGAGAUUUCAGGUAUCGCAUUUAUAAAUGUAUUUGGUGGACCAGUUUUUAUUGGUAAGCUAGUAGACAGCGCUAGUCCUGCUACAGAUUUGUUCAGCUUCCCUGAAUUGCAUUCGUCUCAGGCCGCAAUAAACAAAUUUCAAACAGUUUCCAGAAAAAUCUCUUGGCAACUUCCCAAGUUUUGUCAGCCCCACUUUUUGGGGUUGGUUCUGAUUUCUAGGCAAGCCGACUGCCGGUGUAAACAAACCCAUGUGGGAUGGCAGCAGUGCCGUCUUUUCUCAAGUCAUGUUGGUUCUGAAGAAAUCAAUACCUUCUUAAUCAUGAACCCGAUGGGGAGGUUUACGGCAAGCUGCUAUUCUCUUCUGUUCCAGCUUUCCGUUUCGCAUCUUGACCUGCCUGCCUUCUGAUGUAAACACCUCUUUUGCACAUUAAAAUGCUAUUUAAAACGA